UCCCUUCCCCCUCCCUUUCCCCGUUUUUUUCCAGAUGCCGGCUACGAGUUCGACAUUUGCUUCACCUCGGUACAGAAACGGGCCAUCCGUACCCUUUGGACCGUCCUGGAUGCCAUCGAUCAGAUGUGGUUACCCGUUAUCCGAACCUGGCGCCUGAAUGAGAGGCACUAUGGGGCCCUCACCGGUUUGAACAAGGCUGAAACAGCAGCGAAGCACGGCGAGGCGCAGGUGAAGAUCUGGAGGCGCUCGUAUGACAUCCCUCCACCUCCCAUGCAGUCCGAUCACCCCUUCUACAGCACCAUCAGCAAGGACCGUCGCUAUGCUGACCUGACAGAGGACCAGCUGCCAACGUGUGAGAGCCUGAAGGACACCAUCGCCCGGGCUCUGCCUUUCUGGAAUGAGGAAAUCGUCCCGCAGAUCAAAGAGGGAAAGCGAGUCCUUAUUGCUGCCCACGGCAACAGCCUGCGUGGGAUUGUCAAACACCUGGAAGGCAUGUCGGAAGAGGCCAUCAUGGAGCUGAACCUGCCCACCGGCAUCCCUAUCGUCUACGAGCUGGACAAGAACCUGAAACCCGUCAAGCCCAUGCAGUUCCUGGGGGAUGAGGAGACGGUGCGCAAGGCCAUGGAGGCCGUCGCUGCUCAGGGCAAGGUCAAGAAGUGAGGGUGGGCAGCAGGCUAGCACGUAGUAGAGCCCCCCGCCAUCCCUCACCCCUCUGUGCACACCCCACACAGCUGUAGGAACUUGGAGCUGCGGAGCUGGAGCAGCUCCUCAGGAUUAGGCCCGUUCCCUUGGGACCAGGCUCCCCUCUGCAGACAGCCCGGGGCCGCAUGUGCAGAGGUCUGGUGUGAAGGGGAGCCCUGGCUCUGCCAGGCUGUGACUGCACACCUCUCCAUGCCAAGAUCCCAGCCCUCGGGCCUUGUCUGCAGGGGGAUGCGCCGAGCGAUCCCUUGCCAUGCCAGGCUCCUCCUCUGCUUUACUUUCCUGGCAGCUCUUAUCAUCCGGUUACUGUAGUUUUGUUGCUUGAUUUAGUCAUCCCGGGAGCAGCGGGGUGAGUGCAGCACAGGCAGCGACCGAGAUGGGUACCCCAUCCCCUCGUGGGUGCACGGCACGAGGACCAGGAUGCGUAGACACUGAAAGGGUUGUAUUUUGGUGGCACUUGUGACUCCGGACCUAGUUCUGCCAGCCCCUGCUUUAACUUAUUGCCUUUGGCCAAGGGCGAGGGAGGGAGCGGGUCGUAGGGAGGUUCGUGUCCCCCGCAAACAUCCCCUAGCGAAGCCCAUCCUGGUCCUGCUGGUGAAGCAGGUGCUGUUGUGCCCCAUCCCACCUGUGUGUACCCAGCCCUGUCGCUGUGGCCUCCCCCUCCGCCAGUGCCGCGAGCCUGGGCUUGCACGGGGUCAGUGUUACUGUCCGACAAUAGCAGCUGUCUUGUUCCAGUUCAAUAAAGAGUUA